UAUCGAGAGUUACUUGGAGUAAGUGGAAAAAGUAAUGUUGACCAAGUGUACUUUGAAAACACGUGGUAAUGAAUCCUGGUGAAAGUUAUUUAACCAAGACACAGAAAUUUUUGAGUCGUGUUAUCCUUUUAGAUUAAUGAAUAUAUUCUAAGAAAUAAUUAUGAUUGUCAACACAAUUUAUGAAUGAACUAGGCAUAAUUUUUUUCUAAUUUUGAUGAAGUUUAUUGGCGCGAUUUCGCCUUUCAUAAAGCACAUGAUGUUGGCUUUAAUCAUUAGUUUUUUUACAUGGACACUUAUUUCGGCAAAUUCAUCUUUCAUGACCUAUGAUCGAAAAUUGUCCGCGAACUUGCAGUCGACACUUUCUCUUGAUUCACCUAUAGAUGUGGGUAUUCUACUGAAGGAUCUAAUGCCUCGUAAAAAGUUACGUGAAGAGCAUGUUCUACUGACCAUUGAUUUCCCAGGCACGAAUCACGAGUUCACUUUGUUUCUAGAAAGGACAAGGGGUAGAGUUACUGUCGCCACCAAAGAAUGGGGCAGAGUUCGAAUGCAGCAUUUACCUGUUGAAGGCUUAAGUGAAAGUAGUUAUCAUCGUGGUCUUUACCUUCAUGUAACGCCUAGCUCCCCGGAUGACCUGUCAAGAAUGCAAAUUUAUCUAGAUUGCAAAUGGCAGGGUUAUUUUAUGAUGCCCCUGUCCUUAUUUCAAAUGGCAGAGGAAGCUGAAAGUAAUACACUGAAGGCUGAUAAAGAUAGAAAAGUGAAAAUACAAGUCAUUCAAAACUCAAACCUAAAAAGGGCUCUUAAAAUAGCCGGCUGUUCAACUCCUGAACCUCAAGCUUAUCAAACUGCAGAAGACAUUGUCAGCAAACAUAAGGAUGUAGAUCAGUUACUUUCGAAUAUUGAAGAAUUGGCAUCUGUUCUUGAAGAUAUGCGCCAGAGCAUCGAAGCUCAGACGAAAGAAACAAAACUUUUAAGAAAUACAUUGGAGCGAUGUGAAAUGUGUCAUGUGCACAAGCUUUGUCGUGACAAUCCGUGUUACCCUGGAGUGGAUUGUGUUGAUUCUGCUGAUGGAUAUCGCUGCGGAGAGUGCCCAAGAGAAUUCAAAGGAGAUGGAGUGAAGUGUGAAAAAGAUAUCAAUUGCAAUGAUAGACCCUGCUAUAAAGGUGUGAAAUGCUUUAAUGUUAAUAAAGGAUACAGAUGUGGUACUUGCCCACCAGGUUACACAGGGGAUGGUAAAAACUGCACACAAGUGAAUCGAUGCUUAGAAAAUCCAUGUUGGGCAGAUGUUCCAUGUUACAACGUUGAAAAAGAUCCCGGAUACAUUUGUGGACCCUGUCCUCAAGGAUUUUCAGGAAACGGUACAUUCUGUGAAAUUCUUGGUGAGAUUCAAGUUACGAAGACAAAACUUGGCUGCAAUAAGCAUGACAAGGAUUAUCUUUACUACUUUUAUCAACGUUCAGCGAAAAUUAAAUGAUUGACAACUGUACAAAAUAUUUAAAACUGUUUCUUUCAUGUGAAAUUUUUGUUCAUAAUUUAUGCUGUGUUAAAUGCAUGUUUGUGCCAAUAAAGAAACAUUUUGUACUCUAAGACACUACAAUUACGCAUGUAGUUUUUUUCCCUUCAGUAUUUUGCUUCAGGAGUUCACGUAUAAACUUC